AUGAGAAAAUCUGAAUUAGUAAAGAAGGCUGCGGACCUUGGAGUGAUAGAUGGGCUAGGUGUUGUACCCUUAGCAAAGGUUCUUCCUGCAAGAACAACAAUUGGGAAAACUCUAGGAGAAGGUUCUCAGGAGGAAGAAGAACAAAGAGAAAUGGAUGAAGAUGCAUCCACUCAGUCUCCCGCAACAGUUGCAGCACAGGAAGAGGAACAACCUAGGGAACAACAUUCACUUGAAGGGGAGAAAGAACGAAUUGAGGCGGAAGAUUUGUUGAAUGAAAGAUUAGUCUUAACCCCUCAGGACCAAGAAGAUCUCCUUAAGGAGAUAACUGUCGGGCAAGGUAUGGGAGAAACGGAUAAGGAGGGAAGGACAUUUGGAGAAGAGGUCGGUGAUAGGAUGGGAGAGUUGCAUAAGCAACAACAGCUAAACGUGGAUAUUGCUAUCCAAACUAAUCUAGCCUGCCAAAUCGCUUCACCUCAAGACCCUGAGCACACAAAGGCAGAAGAGAAAGAGGAAGUAGAGGAACAGUCAGAUGUGCACAUUGUUACCGCCGACAUAGUACCACAUGAAGGUGAUAAGGACAAAGAUGCGCCACAGUGGUUGGAUUUCACAUUUGAGAGGAAGAAGAGUAAAGUAGUUUUACCUAAGGUUACACUACAAUAG